CACACACAGUUUGUAUCCCCGGAAGGUCAUCUGGGCGCUCUGCUCAAAGCAAAGGGUUUAAAUAAGUGUUAGAGGAUACUGUGGGUCACUCAGUGCCCUAAAGCUUUCGGUAACGGUGUGUGUAUUAGGCUGAUUGCUUCUCUGACUGGAGUUUCCAUGUUUACUGAGAUUUAAAAUGAGUUCUCAGGGUUUGGAGAAGCUCCGGAUGACGGGUGCUGGGAAAGCCAUAGCCGUGCUGACCAGUGGAGGAGAUGCGCAAGGUAUGAACGCCGCUGUCCGUGCCGUCACUCGGAUGGGUAUAUAUGUUGGAGCCACGGUGUAUCUGAUUCACGAGGGUUACCAGGGUCUGGUGGACGGAGGAGACAAUAUCAAACUGGCGCACUGGCACAGCGUAACCAACAUCAUCCAGCUGGGUGGGACAGUGAUCGGCAGCGCUCGCUGUAAAGCCUUCACCACACGGGAAGGCCGUCUGUCUGCCGCCUUCAAUCUUGUAAAACGUGGGAUCACCAACCUCUGUGUGUGCGGAGGAGACGGCAGCCUUACAGGAGCUAACAUCUUCCGAAGCGAGUGGAGCGGACUACUCGCCGAGCUGGAAGCCAAAGGCAGGAUCACUGCUGAGACAGCAAAAAAGUACAGCCACCUAAACAUCGUGGGUUUGGUGGGCUCCAUCGAUAACGAUUUCUGUGGCACUGACAUGACCAUCGGAGCAGACUCAGCCCUCCAUCGCAUCAUGGAUAUCGUGGACGCCAUCACCACCACUGCCAUCAGCCAUCAGCGCACGUUUGUCCUGGAGGUAAUGGGACGACACUGCGGAUAUCUGGCUCUGGUGUCUGCUUUAGCAUCUGGAGCAGACUGGCUUUUUAUUCCUGAAGCUCCUCCAGAGGACAACUGGGAGGACCUUAUGUGUGCUCGGCUUGGAGAGAGCCGAAGUAAGGGAUCCAGACUCAACAUCAUCAUCGUUGCUGAGGGAGCAAUCAACAGAAAAGGCGAGCCCAUCUCAUCCAGCUACAUCAAAGAUCUUGUAGUGAAGCGGUUGGGUUAUGACACCAGGGUGACUGUUCUGGGCCAUGUGCAGAGAGGAGGAACUCCUUCAGCCUUCGAUCGAGUAUUAAGUAGUAAAUUGGGAAUGGAGGCAGUGGUGGCACUGAUGGAGGCGACUCCUGAAACCCCCGCCUGUGUGAUCGGCCUGUCCGGGAACCGGUCAGUGCAGCUGCCCCUAAUGGAAGCAGUAGAAAUGACUAAAGCAGUACAGAAGGCUAUGAAUGAGCAGAGGUUUGAGGAGGCCAUUCAGUUGCGUGGAAGGAGCUUUGCGAACAACUGGGGUAUUUACAGGUUACUGGCAUACCAGAAGCCUGCUCAAGUCACGAGCAAUUUCUCAAUAGCCGUCCUGAACGUGGGUGCUCCAGCAGCUGGUAUGAAUGCAGCUGUGAGGUCUGCAGUGAGGGUGGCACUGGCAUCUGGCCACAAAGUCUACACGGUUUCUGAUGGAUUUGAGGGCCUUGCCAAUGGAGAGGUUAAAGAGAUGUCUUGGAGUAGUGUUGCUGGUUGGACUGGUCAAGGUGGCUCAGUCCUGGGGACUAAACGAACCCUACCGAAAACCUUUAUGGAAAAAUUGGUUGAAAAUCUUAUCAAGUACAGCAUCCAGUCACUGCUAGUAAUUGGUGGCUUCGAGGCCUAUGAAGGGGUACUGGAGCUAUAUGAUGCCAGGGGCCAUUACAACGAGCUGUGUAUUCCCAUGUGCAUCAUUCCUGCCACCAUCAGCAACAAUGUCCCUGGCACCGAAUUUAGCCUGGGUGCUGAUACCGCUGUCAAUGCAGCUAUGGAGAGCUGUGAUAAGAUCAAGCAGUCAGCUACAGGAACAAAGAGGAGGGUAUUUGUGGUGGAAACCAUGGGAGGAUAUUGUGGAUACCUGGCAACAACCACUGGCAUUGCCGUGGGAGCCGAUGCCGCGUAUAUAUUUGAGGAGCCUUUCAAUAUCCACGAUCUGAAGACGAAUGUCGAGCACCUGACCGAGAAGAUGAAGAAGGACAUCCAGAGGGGUCUGGUGCUGAGGAAUGAGAAAUGCCACGCACAAUACAGCACCGACUUCAUCCAUAACCUGUACACUGCUGAAGGGCAAGGAGUGUUCGACUGCAGGGUCAACGUGCUUGGACAUCUCCAACAGGGAGGAGCACCUUCACCUUUUGAUAGGAACUUUGGCACAAAGUUGGGCGCGAGAGCCGUGCAGUGGCUUUCUGAGAAGAUGACUGCCACCUUCAGACAAGGUUCUGUGUUUGCCAACUCCCCGGACACUGCGUGUGUGUUGGGUCUGAAUGGUAAAGGACUCACGUUCACCCCUGUGGCUGAACUGAAGAUGCACACUGACUUUGAGCACAGAAUGCCCAAAGAGCAAUGGUGGCUGAAUCUGCGACUGCUACUCAAGAUGCUGGCUAAAUACCAGACCAGCUUCGAUCAGUAUGUCACAGGAGAGAUUAGACAUGUGACCCUUCGUUCUCUCAGUCAAGAUGAUGGGUUUUAGACAGAGACAUACAUUACACUGAUGUUCACCAGCUUGCUCAUUAACACCAGCUAUGCUUCCUACCAAGAGAUUUCAUAACAUGCAGUCUGUGACUAAACUGGAUUGCUUGUUUAUGGCUUCGACGUUUUUAUAACUCUGCUGUUUCAUGUUUGGUGCUGAAUUUGAAGCAGGGAACAACACUCCUUCUCGAUGCAAUGCCCAAACUAGCACUUUUAGCCAAAAAUAAUUAUUUACAUUUAAUGCCUAUAAAAGUAGCAGAUAUUUUUGAUUGACAGUGUUUAAACUCUCAAGGGCUGUAUUCACAAAAAUCCAAUGUUCUCCUGGCACUAGCUAAAUAAAUUCAUCUCUUCAGUAGAAGUCUAUGCGGUGAACUCCUAAAUGAAAUUAAACUGAAAAUGCUAUAUUAACAAAAAAUAUAUAUAUACUAAAAUAUUUUUAUUAAUUAGCACCUUAUUCUCUCUCUUAUAAGGUAAGCACUGCUUUAUUGGUUGGCAAGGAAAUUUGUGAAAGAUUUGAUUGACAUCAAAUUGGUCUUUUUGUAUUUUUUUUUUUAUCAUUUUUGGACAGUCUUAGUUUUUAGGAGCUGCUUUUAAAUGCUAAAAGCUUAGCAGUAAAUUACCAGUGAAGCCAAUUAGACAAAACUAUGAUUACAGAUCAAAAUCAUCAGAAAUAUAUAAUAUACUGAAAAUUUAAUUAUUUAUAACAAAAAUCAUAGAGUAGUAAUGUUAAAGGUCUAACAGCAGCUUUCUCUGCCUUAGUGGUCUGUACUUCUUUCCUUUUUUAAAAUAUAACACUGGAACAUUCUGUAAUCAAAAAUCAAGAAACUACCUUCUCGUUCAUGAUUGUGCAAUUUUGUGCCCGUGUAAUGUGAGGUGUGUUCAUUCAUAAACAUGAAGUGUAAAGUUAUUCAUAAGUAUGUAACAAAGGACAUACUCACCAGUAUUGUUGUGCAUUGUGUGAAAUUGUUCUCGUUGCAUCAUUUACAUGACUGAUUUUUACUGUUGGCGUGUACAGAAAAACACUUUUAGUUUAAACUGGCUUUCUACAUGUUGUUUUGGAAAACACCCUGCAACACUCCUGUGUAUAAAGUAAUGGGGGAAAACAUGUGAAAUUUAUGUCAUAAAUACAUAUAUGAAAGUAUGUGAAAUGGAGUCCUGCCGGUGUUGAUAGAUUAUUUUACAGACUAAUACUAAGGCAUUUUAAACCCAGGUAUUUUAUUCAAGACAUCAAACAGCAAUUUUGCCGAACUGAAACUGCAAUAAUUGUAAAAUUCAGCAUUCAUUCAACUUAACAGAACAUCAGGUCCAAAAAGCAGUAGCAUCUACAAUCGAAUAAGGCAACAUUAGCAAUACAGUACUUUUAAACUGUAAGAUUUCUUUCAAGGGCUUGUCAGAAUCUGUCAAGAACUACUAAAACACAAACUGUUUACCAUGUAUACA